AUGGAAACCAUUACACCCGAAAGAAGAAAGAAGAUCCUGCGGGUGCUGUUCAUAUCGCUUCUUCUUGACCUGAUAUCCUUCACAUUCAUUCUUCCAUUGUUCCCCUCGCUCCUCACGUUCUACCGCAGCCUCGAGAAGCAUCCCUCUUCCGCACUGAACCGCAUUCUCCACUACUUGAACGCCUACAAGUCCUCUUUCGCCGUCCCCAUCAACGAGAAAUACGACAUCGUCCUGCUUGGAGGUGCGCUGGGUUCGCUCUUCUCGUUCUUGCAGGCCACUGCCAGCCCCGUGAUUGGAAGAGCCUCGGACAAAUAUGGCAGGCGAACAGCGCUGUUGUGGAGCAUGUGCGGCAACAUUGCCAGUGUCGCAUUAUGGUGCUUCGCCGUCGAUUUUCGGACUUUUCUGCUGAGUCGGGUCGUCGGCGGAUUGAGUGAGGGGAAUGUCCAGCUGGCGACGGCCAUUGCCACGGACAUCAGUACGGAUGAGCAGAGAGGAUCGACCAUGGCGCUCGUGGGUGCCUGCUUCAGCGUCGCCUUCACGUUCGGACCAGCCAUGGGAGCCGCCUUAGCGAGUGUCACGACCGUGAUCGCCAACCCUUUCGCAACUGCUGCCGGGUUCUCACUGCUUCUGAUUGUCCUGGAGACCCUGUACCUAUAUUUCCAGCUUCCGGAGACGAGACCGGCGAAGCGAGAGGCCCAUGGCUCGAAAACGGUCAGUAGGGCAUUCCGGCAUACCAACAACCCGCUCGUUUUGAACAUCGUCCAUUUUCUGUUCCUCCUGCCCUUUUCCGGAAUGGAGUUCUCGCUACCGUUUUUGAUCACCUCUGUUCUGUACCCGGAUCACUUGUCACCGUCGAAAAUGAAUGGACGAUUACUGGGCUUUGUCGGCCUGGUCGCCUCGAUUCUCCAAGGAUCGGUUGUACGACGCUUGCCUCCACUCACCGUGGUUAAGAUCGGAGUUGUAUCAAGCACACUCUCGUUCUUCCUCCUUUCUCGGAUCCAGGACACGGCUGGUCUGUACUGCGCUGGCGCACUACUUGCGGUCACCUCGGCCACGGUUGUGACUGGGUUGAACAGUCUCGGAAGUUUCGAGGCAAAGGAAAGUAAUCGAGGAGAGGUGCUGGGAGCUUUGAGGAGUUGGGGGCAAUUCGGCAGAGCGUUGGGUCCUAUUGUGUUUUGCAGCCUGUUCUGGUGGGCUGGUCGUGAGACGGCUUAUCUGAUGGGCGGCAGUGCCAUGCUGGGCGUUUCGGUGGUGGUAUUUACGGCAUUAAAGGCGCCAAAGGUGGAAAAGAAAGCUUCAUGA